GAAACUGCAAUCACACUGGAUCACACAGCCACAGAUCACAGAUCAGCGGAGAGUGAAGGAUGUUCAAGUUGUAUGUGCUCUUGGUUUUUUUCUUUAGAGGCUACGGCUCUCUGCUCUACGCUAACCCUGGACACAGUGUGACUUUGCCGUGUUUCUACAGCAGCGCCUCGCAACUGUGCUGGUACAAGCAGGUUGCAGGAGAGGAACCUCAAAUAAUCGUCUCGUCCUACAGAUCUGCAGGCAACAUAUUCUAUAACCAGUUUAAAGAUGACAAACGGUUUUCAGUUCAUACUGGAGAAGGCUUCUACCACCUGAACAUCUCUUCUGUCCGGGAGUCAGACUCAGCUAUGUACUUCUGUGGACGGAUUGGUUUUCCAGUCACUGAAUUUGAUCAUGGAAUAUUUUUGGUUUUAAAUGAGUCUAAUCGCAGGUCUUUCCUCAAGCAGCCGGCCUCCGGCUCUGUGAGGCCGGGAGGCUCCAUGACUCUGAACUGCACGCUGCACAAUGGAACCGGCGACGGAGAGCACAGCGUCUACUGGUUCAAGAAAGAGUCACGAAACUCCAACUUGGGGAUCUUGUACGUCCACGAAAACAGCAGCAGCGAGUGUGUAAAGAGCCCCGAGUCUCCUGCACAGUGUGUGUACAGUUUGUCCAAGAGGAACGUGAGUCUGUCUGAUGCUGGGACGUAUUACUGUGCCGUGGCCUCGUGUGGAAAGAUUCUCUAUGGGAAAGGAACCAGAGUGGAGGUUGGAGAGAAACUGGACUGUAAAUCCCCUGCUCUGUUGCUCUCUGUGGCCGCGGCUCUGGUUGUGUCUGUUUUCUUAAACAUGAUCUUGAUCGGUAUCCUCUGCAAAACAUCCAGGAGAGAAUCUCCUCAGCCUGAAGGGCCGCACCGCCAGUCCAGUGUCCCAGAAUACACCGCCGAUAGUCAGAAUGAGGAAUCUGACACGCUGCAGUACGUAGCUCUGGACUUCAAAAAGAGGCAAAGCAAGAGCAGGAGACAGAGGAGCACAGAGGAGGAGACGGUUUACUCCGCCGUCGCACUGUCGGACCCCUGAGGUGAAUGUGGCUGUUGCUUCAUGGAGGCAAACCCUUUCUGCGCCUGCAACUGCCGCUGCUCACUUAUUUGACCCCUGUAAUAACCCUAAUUAUGUUAUUUAAAUCAGCUUUUCUGUUUUGAUGCAUUAAAUCGUCCCCUAUCGUCCUUUAAUCCCCCUCAUGCUUAACUGCAAGGUUAAAAUUUGUAUAA